AUGUCGUCAAAAAUCAGGCCGGACUCGGCCUCGGCCGAGUUCGAGGUGGUUCAGGAAACGCCCCGGUUUCAGAGGGUGUAUUGGACGAAGGAACCGCAUCUUCGGAAGCUUUACGGCAUGGCCAUCAUCCUUAUGGUGGCCUCUGCGACGACCGGGUACGACGGCAUGCUCGUCAACACGUCGCAACAGAUAGACGCCUGGAACUGGUUCUUCUUCCCGGAGCUCAGGGACAACCCGGACCUCAAGGACCCCAUUCUCGACAGCAAGCUCGCUAUCCUCGUCAACAUGUUCAAUAUCGGUUCCAUCGUGUCCUUCUUCAUCACACCCUACGUCGCCGACAACUAUGGCCGCCGGCCAGCUAUCAUCGGCGGUUGUCUCUUCAUGGUUGCCGGCGGGUUCUUGACGGCCUUCUGCAACGGCUAUGGGAUGUACAUGGGCGGCCGUUUCGUGCUUGGUUUCGGUAACUCGCUUGCCCAAAUGGCCUCGCCACUUUUGUUGACCGAGAUCUGCCACCCGCAGCACCGCGGUCCCGUAACCGCCAUUUAUAACUGCUUGUGGAACGCCGGCGCGUUGUUGGUAUCCUGCAUCGCCUGGGGCACGGCCAAUGUCAAGACUGAGUGGUCAUGGCGAUCCAUCACGCUCAUUCAGGUCGUGCCCUCCCUCAUCCAGCUCGCUGGCAUCUGGUGGAUCCCCGAAUCGCCUCGCUACCUCGUCAACAAGGAGCGCCACCAGGAGGCGCUACACAUCCUGACCAAGUGGCACGCCGGCGGCGACCCGCACAACGCGACGGUGCAGUUCGAAUUCCGCGAGAUCCGCGAGACUAUCCGCAUCCAGAAGGAGACGGAGCGCUCCACUAGAUACCGCGACUUCUUGCGCACUCGCGGCAACCGCUGGCGACUGGCCAUCAUCGUGUCGCUCGGCGUCAUCUCGCAGUACAGCGGCAAUGCGCUGUUCUCCAACUAUAUGAACGCCAUCUACCUCGGCGCUGGCAUCAACAACCAGAACCAGAAGCUGGCCAUGUCGACAGGCAAGACUCUCCUCGACCUGAUUGUCACGGUUGCUGCCGCGCUCAACGCGCCAUCUACGAGAACUCGAUGGAGCAAGACGUCCAGGCAGGCUACGCCCAGCUCGUCUUCAUCUGGAUCUUUGGGGUAUUUUACGACAUCGGUUUCUCGGGUCUGUUAG